UAUUUCACCUGCCAGCACAAACAUGAUGCUUUGAUUGCGCACUGGAGUCAGUCAGAAGCAACCUGACACACUCGCACAUCGCACCUCACAACCCAAUUUCCUCCCGCGCAACCUUCCUCAACGGCCGCAUUACGUGCCUUGCUGCCUUGAACCUUCGAGGCCAUCAGGGCUGCGAGUCGAGCAUCGCACGGUACACACCCAAGUCCCAGCCCUCGUUCUCUUGGCGCUUGGCUAAGUCGCCAUUUCCACACCAGCCAAUACACCAGCGAAUCCACCUCUAGGCGGGGCACCAUUUGGCCUCGCGGCAGCGGGCCGGGCGAGUGAGUGCGGCGCUGGUAGCGCCGCCAUGUUCGCGCGCAAGGCGGUGGAGCUCGUGCAGGAGGUGGCGCGAUGCGACCCCGAUCAGAUCCUCCCCUUCGAUGCGGACGGCGUGCAGCGGGUGUUGGAGGAGGCGCACGAGCACCACCAGCACAUGGUGCAAAUCCUCCUGCGAGUGCAGGGGUCGGGCGUGGAGUGGCGGGAGACGCGGUCGGAGGACGCGACGGCGGUGAUGGUGCACCACCAGGCGCUGCUGCGCAACAAGCGCUGCCUCCUCGCCUACCUCAAUGCGCGCAUGGAUCAGAUUCGCCGCCUGAGGUGGCAGCUGGGUGCGACGCUGCCGUCGGCGCUGCAGGAACGGCUGAGCCCAUCGGAGGGCGAGUGGUUCGUGCAGUACUCGCAGGCGCUGGGCGACUACAUGGUGGCCGCAGGACUCGACCUCACUGUGGACCUGUCACCCCCCAAGGACCCCUACAUCGAGGUGCGAGUGCUGAAGGACGCCGGUGCAAUGUAUCUGGACGAUAAAGUGGCGUAUCUGGAGGCUAAUACCCUCCACCUGGUCAGGAAGACCGACGCCGAACCACUGAUUUUAAAGGGAUUAUUGGAACAUCGAGAAUACUGACAAGUAUUACUGUGCGUGUUUCCCAUAUGGCGUUUCUGCAUCACACGAUUACCGCAUAUUGUCGGACAAGGUGCACACAACCAAGAGAGCGCCUUGUUAUGGGUCAAUGCUGUCGUAAUUUGCUGAAAAAAAAAUCAGGAUUUAUCCCAAAUGUCGAGUCAGUUGAUGUUGACGCUACACUACGUUUCGUGUGCACAUGUGAACUUCUAUUGUAUCAUAUGUGCUAAUAUGGGAUGGUGGACAGGAUACAGAACAGAGAAUAGCAGUGGAAGGGCUUCCAGCGCGUUUAAUUUUAUUCGCAGAGAACGGUUGUGUU